AACCUUAUGUGUCUUUUAUUUUGAAGGAGAUGAGCGGAAGUGGCUCCUCUGUGUUCCGGUGGACUUGACGCCGGUCUACUGACCCAGUUCUCCGCGAGCUGCGGUGCUGGUUUGAAUGAGUCGCGCGCCYCGCAGCAUGCAGGACCCGGUACCGGACCCGGAGUUUGUGCCCGCGCCAUGAAUCCGGCCAACGACACCAGAACCGACAGAGGUCCGGCGGCGGCGGAGCAGCAGCAUGUCUUCACCGUCGGAACCUACAAACUUCUGGCUCUCACCAUCGGAACCAUCGGGGUGUUCGGGUUCUGGAACAACGCGCUGGUUCUGGUUCUGUACUGCAGGUUCAAGAGGCUCCGGACCCCGACGAACCUGCUGCUGGUCAACAUCAGCCUGAGCGACUUCCUGGUCUCCAUCAUCGGGGUCAACUUCACCUUCGCCUCGUGCGUCAGAGGCCGCUGGACGUGGAGCCGCGCGACGUGCGCGUGGGACGGCUUCAGCAACAGCCUGUUCGGCAUCGUCUCCAUCAUGACCCUGGCGGCGCUAGCUUACGAGCGCUACAUGCGGGUGGUCCACGCCCAGGUGGUGGACUUCCCGUGGGCGUGGCGAGCCAUCGGCCACAUCUGGCUGUACUCCCUGGCCUGGACGGGGGCUCCGCUGCUCGGCUGGAACCGCUACACCUUGGAGAUCCACCAGCUGGGCUGCUCCCUGGACUGGACCUCUAAAGACCCGAACGACGCCUCCUUCAUCCUCCUCUUCCUCCUGGCGUGUUUCUUUGUGCCUGUUGGGGUCAUGGUCUACUGCUACGGGAACAUCCUCCACACCGUCAGAAGGCUUCGCUCCAUCGAAGACCUCCAGACGCUUCAGAUCAUCAAGAUGUUGCGUUACGAGAAGAAGGUGGCGGCCAUGUUCCUCCUGAUGAUCUCCUGCUUCCUGGUGUGCUGGACGCCCUACGCCGUGGUGUCCAUGAUGGAGGCCUUCAGCAGGACCAGCGUGGUCUCCCCUACGCUGGCCAUCAUCCCCUCGUUCUUCGCCAAGUCCAGCACGGCGUACAACCCGCUCAUCUACGUGUUCAUGAGCAGAAAGUUCCGACGCUGCUUCCUGCAGCUGCUGUGCUCGAGGAUAUCGUGGCUCCAGCACAACUUGAAGGAGCGCCCCCUGACCCCGGCCCAGCGCCCCGUCAGGCCCAUCGUGGUGUCCAGCACGUGUGACAGCAAGGAGCGGCCCAAGAAGAGGGUCACCUUCAACUCCUCCUCCAUCGUCUUCAUCAUCACCAGUGACGACCUCCAGCAGUUCGACCUGACCUCCAAGGCCGGAGCUUCGACCCAGGUCAACGUCAUCCAAGUGAGACCUCUGUGAUCCACGAGAACCGGACUCCCUGUCCUCCUGCCGUAUGACGUGGUAUGAUGGCUAAAAUUAAGACUGUUGCUCAACCAGAGGUCGCUACACCAUGUAGCAGAAGGCUAUAUGUGUUCCUKAACCAGCUAUUGAGCUGAUUAAUGAUAGGCCGACACCGCUAACUGAGAGGCCGGCGCUAGGUAAUGAGGAGGAGACUAUUUGUUUGUGUUAGCAUCAGAGAGGCUAGCAACUAGCAUAGAUAAGCUGGAAUUAACAUCAGAGAGGCUAGCGACUAGCAGGUAUAAGUUGGGGUAAACAUCGGAGAGACUAGCAACUAGCAUGGAUAAGCUGGUGUUAGCAACGGAGAGGCUAGCAACUAGCAUGGAUAAGCUGGUUUUAGCGUC